AUGUUCAGUUACACUGAUUGUUUUACAUUUAGGUGCUAUGUUGAAGCUGGUGAAAAGUUUUCAUUUGAUCAACUACCAUCAGCUGAACUUCAAAGAACAUUCUUGGCGAAAUCACCCAUCAUACACGCUGACAAGGUAUAGCUUCCUGUAGUUACACUGGGUCAAUAAGAGAUGAUCCUUACUGGACCUCUAGAGAGAACAGUUUCGAACUGAUAGAGCUAUCCAUUAUAAAUAAAGAUAGUUUAGUUUAGGUUUUCUCCUAUAGUAACACUAGAUCAAUAAGAGGUGAUCCUUACUGGAUCUCUAGGAAGAACAGUUUAGAACUGAUAGAGGUAUCCAUUAUAAAUAAAGUUAGUUUAGUUUAGGUUUCCUCUUGUAGUAAUACUGGAUCAAUAAGAGAUGAUCCUUACUGGACCUCUAAAGAGAACAGUUUAGAAUUGAUAGAGCUAGCUAUCCAUUAUAAAUAAAGUUAGUUUAGUUUAGGUUUCCUCCUGUAGUAACACUAGAUCAAUACGAGAUGAUCCUUACUGGAUCUCUAGGAAGAACAGUUUAGAACUGAUAGAGUUUUCCAGUAUAAAUAAAUAGGGGAUAUUACACGGCGGCGCGAAGAUAUGACUUUUAUCUAGCUUCUAGUGGUGAAAACAAUAUUUUACGAACGAGCGCAGCGAGUAAAAUAUUGUUUUUAACACGAGAAGAUAAAAGUCAUAUCUUCAAGCCACCGUGUAAUGUUUUGUUUACUAUAUAGUCCCAAAGGUCACGUGAUCCUAAAGGUCACGUGAUCGAUAUCUUCACUAGUGAAGAUAUGGAAAAUAUGUCACUGUGUAUUUCUCAGUAUCUCACUCUCUACUAUAUAAUAAAGUUAUUUACCAUGCACACGCUUGCUUUUACGAGAAAAAAUAUUCUGCAAAUUUCAGGUUCAGACCCCGACUUUAGUGUUAUUGGGCGGUGUCGAUCUUCGAGUUCCGCCUUCCCAAGGGAAAGAAUUUUAUAGAGCGUUGCAUUGUCGUG